AUGACCGGCGAAGUCCUAUCCAUUUACUUAGCAGUGUCAGAAUAUGCGAUUAGUUCGGUACUAAUACGCGAAGAUCAAGGACGACAAUACCUAGUGUACUAUGUCAGUAAACGCUUACUGGAUGCUGAGACGGGCUAUCCUCAAAUGGAAAAAUUGGCGUUCGCCCUGGUAAUAUCGUCGAGAAAAUUGCGACCUUAUUUCCAGGCUCACAGUAUUGAAGUUUUAACAAACUACCCUUUGAGGCAAGUCUUAGCAAAACCAGAGACGUCAGGGAGGUUGUUGAAAUGGGCAGUAGAGUUAAGCCAGUUCGACAUCAGGUAUAAACUGAGGACUGCAAUCAAGGGGCAAGCCUUGGCAGAUUUUAUCCUAGAAUUCCCAAGCACCGAAGUGGCACUCAUAGACGACAAGAUUGACACUACUAUGCCAAAUGGAGAAGUAUGGACGUUGUACGUUGAUGGGGCUUCAAAUAGUGAAGGGUUGAAGCUCGCUCUCGAGAUGAAAAUCGAGUAUCUACAGGCUUUCGGCGAUUCCCAAAUCGUAGUGUGCCAGAAAGUAGUCGUGUCUCGAGUACCGCGUUCUCGUAAUUCACACGCAGACGCAUUGGCCUGUUUGGCCUCGACUAGAGAAGCCGAAUUGCUCGAUGUAAUUCCGGUGGAUGUAUCGGCUCACCCAACGAUCAAUCAAGAAGCGAUCAUGGAAAUAGAUACCGCUCAAGAAGUCACUUGGAUGACUCCAAUAAUCACAUAUCUAGAAAAGGGUAUUUUACCUGAUGACAAAAUGGGAGCAAGAAAGCUGCGACAGCGAGCUGCCCGACAUGUCAUAUACGAUGGAAGGUUAUAUCGCAGAAGUUUUAGUCAGCCGUUACUCAAGUGUAUCGACGGGAGAGACUGCGACUAUAUACUACGUGAGCGAAUAGCCACAUAUGUCCAUCAACCUCUGAGCAACUUGCAUUCCAUCACAAGUCCUUGGCCCUUCGCAGUGUGGGGGAUCGACUUAAUAGGCGAACUACCUAAAGGAAAAGGCAGGGUGAAAUAUGCAGUAGUCGCAGUAGACUAUUUUACAAAAUGGGCCGAAGCCAAGGCACUCGCAACCAUUACAGCGACUAAGUUGCGCGAGUUUGUCUACAACUCCAUAAUUUGUCGAUUUGGCAUCCCUUACAAGCUCAUCUCAGAUAAUGGAAAGCAGUUCGAUUGUAAAGAGAUGCCACAAUUAUGUGACGAUUUGGGAAUUAAAAAAGCAUUCUCUGCCGUUGCUUACCCGCAAAGCAACGGACAAACUGAAGCUGUCAACAAAAUAAUAAAACACACCAUCAAAGGAAAACUCGAAGAGCGUAAGGGGGUAUGGCCAGACGAGCUUCCGCAGGUUCUAUGGUCAUACAACACAACUCCUCGAUCUACGACUGGCGAGACUCGUUUCUCGCUUUCCUAUGGAUACAAGGCCAUGGUACCAGUCGAGAUUGGUGCAGGUUCCUUACGAAGAGACGUUUUCAACAUUUCACAAAAUGAAGAAAAACAGUCGCUCUACCUCGACCUACUGGAAGAAAAGCGCGAUCAGGCUCACGUGAAAAACGCGACUUACCAGCGACGAACCACAAGAUAUUUCAAUUCCAAGGUCAAGACAAGAGUCCUGGGAGUAGGAGACUUGGUCCUCCAAAGAGUAAUGCCAAACACCAAGAACCCAGCACAUGGGGUCUUCGGGGAUAAUUGGGAAGGACCAUAUCUCAUCGCAGAAAAGAUUGGUGACGCUACGUACCGACUCGCAGAACUCGAUGGUACUGCGAUUCCACGGGCUUGGAAUGGCGAAAGCUUAAAAUUCUAUUAUCAGUAG